AUGGAAGAAGCCAAACCUGAAAAAAUUUACGAAUUUCCUAUUCAAGGUGAAGUCAAUAAACUUCCCAUCCAUCCCGACAUGAGUCUCCGGUCUGCAGACACUACCGGCAACACAAAAAUAACUACUCAGAAAAUUGAAAUCUUCAAACAAACAAAGCAAACCACAAAAUCAGAUUUUGAAUCAGAAGACCGAAAGCCAUUUUUUGAGCUUCCAUUAGAUGAGUCUAACAAAGAAGAAGAAAGAUGGGAAGAUUUUUUGCCUGAAAACUUUAAGAGAUUUUCAACAGAAAUGAAAACAGAAAAAUUCUCAGUGAAGCCUGACUAUAAAAGAUUUCAGUCAAUGCCUGACAGAUUUGAAGAAGUCAAACUGGCAAGGUCAAGCGUAAGGGCUGCCUUAAUAGAAGAAGAUGCACAAGCAGAAAUAUACAAAGUCAAAGCUGAGACUCUGCCGGAUACAGAAAUUUCUGCAAACCUUUGUGAAGUGACUAUAAUGAGCAAGCCAAUUACAGGGGCGUCUACCAAUAAGAUAACUCUCGGAAAAUAUAUAUUGAGAACUAUGCCACUAGACUGGACUGUAGAAAGAGAGACUAAUGAUUUUUAUUGGCUAAGAGAUAUACUUGCAAGAACUUUUCCUGGAGUUUAUGUACCGCCAAGGCUACCCAAACGUUUUACUACUAGAAACGUGAUGGAUACAAAUCGAAAAGAUCAGAGGUUCUUAACUCGAUUUAUGAAAAAUAUUCUAUCCCAUCCAUUAUUAAGCAGGUCCUUAUAUCUUGUUCAUUUUUUGAAAGAAAAUGAUAACUUGAAAUAUAAUUUAUUUAAAACGCAGACUAGCACUUUUCGUGAGCCAUCGACUACUGAUGAAUUGCCUUCUUUAGAGGGUUUUGUAUGAAUCAACCCUUCAACUUCGCAAGACCACACUGAAAGAUUAAGAGAUUAUGUCAAUUCUGCAAUAGAAAUCCAAAGGAGAAUUAAACGCCAAGCAAAUAAGCUUGAAAAACAGCUCCAUAAUACAUCUGAGCUUAUGCUAGAGCUCAAGGAGUCAAUGAAUGAUAUGGAAAGACUGCAAAUGCUUUCUCAGACGAAUUUAAAUGUAGAAAUAUUUAGAGCUCUUCAAGGUGUUUUAGGGACGCUUGCAAAAAGUGAUGAAAAAAGAGCUGUUUUUGUUAAAGACCAUAUAAGCACUUUAUUUAAAUUCACAUAUAAUGAAAGCAUCCCAUUUAGAGAUUUAAUUAAAGAUAGAGAAAGACAUUUGAAUAAAUACCAGAAAGAAAAUAGGAGGCUUCGAGGAAAAAAAGAAAAAUUGUGGAAUAAUGGAGAUAUACUUAAAUGGGAGCUUGAUCCGAGUGUUACUAAUAUAAACGUUGCAGCUAUGAAAAGCGACAAAGAAGUUGCGAUUCCGAAAAUGCUUCACCAAGAAACAAAAGAUGUAGAAAAGCUCAAAGAUAGAUACGGAUACCAUAAUUAUAAACUCAGAGAAGAAACUAUGUGGUUUAUACCUUUCACAACAAGGAGGAAUAUAAUGGAAUUAGAGACAUACGCAAAUAAAGAAAUUAAAUCACAUACAAAACUUAAAAGUGUUUGGGUUGAGUUCAUAGAUAGACUCAACAAAAUUGACGAACAAAUUAAAUAA